AUGGAGAUUCACUUGAAUCUUAUGGUUGAGCUCUUUGUGAUGAUUGAUUUUGAGUUUGAAUAUAUUGAAUUGAUGUUAGUGGCCUUUCCUUCAUUCACACCAUUGCCGGAUUAUCCAUUCAAGCCACCAAAGGUUGCAUUUAGGACUAAGGUAUUCCACCCAAACAUCAACAGCAAUGGAAGAAUCUGUCUUGACAUUCUAAAAGAACAAUGGAGCCCAGCAUUGACCAUUUCUAAGGUCCUUUUGUCAAUUUGCUCGUUGCUGACGGAUCCAAAUCCCGACGACCCUAAACCAUAA